GGCUCGGCCGGUGUUGUGAAUGAGGGCCAUGACGUCAGGAAGCCAAUGUCAACAAUGCAGCUCCUAGAGGAGAAAAGGCGUUUCAUCCGAACACACACACGGAGACCGUCCACCACGCACCGACUGAUGCCCACGGGCCGUUAAAAGGAGCGGUUCUGGCUGUCGUGGGGCUGCGGAAAUAAAACAAAAGAAAACAAUGCGGACUCACUCUUAUUCCUGAGGAAUUGAUCGCGAGACGAGCAGGAAAAAAACGGGGUGCCAGAGAGAGUGAUGUCGGCAGGCGAGGAGCGGGAUGGGGAGGCGGCAGCGCCCAUGUACGUGUACGAGUCCAAGGUCCACUGUGCCAAUGUGCUGUUGAGCCUGGAGGAGCAGCGGCGGCAGGGCAUCCUGUGUGACGUGACUGUGCUGGUGGAGGGCAGGGAGGUGCGCGCACACAGGGCCGUACUCGCCGCCAGCAGCCGCUACUUCCUGCAGGCCCUGCUGGGUCACAACGGGUCGCAAGGCGAAGCGGAGCCCAUCAUUAACCUGCCAGACAAGGUGACAGCUAAGGGUUUUGCUCCACUGCUCCAGUUUGCCUACACAGCCAAGCUGGUUUUAUGUCGAGAAAACAUUCACGAGGUCAUCCUGUGCGCUGACUUCCUGGGUGUUCACAACUUAGAGGACUCUUGUUUUCGGUUUCUUCAAGCCCAGUUACAAAACGACAGCCAGCACGCCAGUAAUGGCAAGGUGGAAUAUGACGAUGACAUCACGGCGGACGAUGCCAGCUUUUCUGAGGCAAUAUCCUCGGAUGAUUCUGCAGAGACAAGGCAGCAGACCAAUCACAGAGCAAGCACUGCAUCGCUUCCGGCUGACCUUUCUCAAUGUCCUAAAUACAGGAAGUAUCAGUACCAGAUCUGCGAUGACAAGCACAACGGAGAAGACCAUGAUAGCGGUGAUGAUGUCAUCUUGGCAAACCAUACCUCAGUCAGCCCUGUGAGUUCACAACUCAGAGACAGCAGUGCUGCUCCACAAACUCUUCUUACACCCUCCAGGAUCAAAGAAGAACCAUUUGUGUUAGAGGAAGAAGGAGAUGAAAGGAGUGGUUGCAACCCAGAAUUGUGUACCGAGGAGGUACUGGAGAUGGAGCUUGAGGUAGAAGGGGUUCCAGUAGCAGCCGAGCACUCUCCGAGCCGAGGGUCACCCUCUUCCUGCCUGCGCUCCUAUCUCCAGAGAGGCGGCCUAGAUCUCAGCGGUGUGCCCAGCACCACCAUCCAGCAGCUACUCACCAACAGACUGUCCCUCAACCACUACAGGGAAUUGGUCAAAGACAGGCAGAGGGAUAAGAGGGAAUCUCUGGGUCGAGUGGUCCUCAAGACAGACAUCGCAGAUGUCAUACCAACAGCGCUUACUGGCAAGAACACGGAAAGGCCAGUUUCCAAAGUGUCCUCCUCUAAACAUGAGGGGGAUCUCGACAGAGCCAGUGUGAUUUUCUCCUCAGCAGCUGGCGAGCAACAAAUGUUGGCCCAUUCUUACACGGAAGAUACGUUCAGAAAAAAGGUCUCAACUCUGAUGCAGGUAGAAGCUCCUUCUUCUGGUCGGUCAUGCCUCACCACCAGCUGUCCUGUUCCCAUCAAGACAUCAGCCCACUCCCCUUCCCCUUCUGAGCCCCGAACCCAAACCUCCAGCUCCUGCUCCUCCUUCUCUUACCCAGAGGAUGCAGGCAGCGGUAGCUCGCCUUUCAACCUUCCCCAGUUUGACUUCUCCUCAUCCCCGCACUCAGGCUCCACCUCUGGACUCCCUCACUGCCUGGCUGGGGUGGUGGAGCAGAGGAACCCCCUCAGCGGUGAGCUGGUCUUCUCUCAGGGUUGCACCAAUAUCAAAAGUGAACAUGGAUUUGGUGCCAGUGGUGGCAACUCCAGCGACGAAUCAGGCUCUUUCUCAGAGGGAGACAGCGAAAGCGGCGUCUCUAGAAUCUCUGGCCCUGAGGUGAACUUGCCCUUCCCCGUGGACCACAUCACCAACCUGCCACGCAACGACUUCCAGAUCCUCAUCAAGAUGCACAAGCUGACCUCGGAGCAGCUGGAGUUCAUCCACGACAUCCGUCGCCGCAGCAAAAACCGCAUCGCCGCCCAGCGCUGUCGCAAGAGGAAGCUGGACUGCAUCCAGAACCUGGAGGGCGAGAUCCGCAAACUGGUGUGCGAGAAGGAGAAGCUGCUGAGCGAGCGCAACCAGCUGAAGGUUUGCAUGUCGGAGCUGUGGCAGAACCUCUCCUUCCUCUCCCAGCAAGUGUGUCGGGAGGGGCCACCUCCUGUCUCCGCCAGCAUCGACCUCACGUCCCACCCGCCGUCGCCUUUUUCAGACGAGGGCUCACCCCGGCCCAGGUCACCCGCGUCGCCACAAGGCGAUACGGCGUGUCUGUCCGACGUGGGUCCCAGUCAGGGGGGACUGGAGGAGUCAGGUCUGGGGCAAGAGAACCCAGAGUGUCCACUGGUGCUGGGGUCCACAGAGGAGGUAUGUAGCCCAACCGUAACAGUGGAUUUCUGUCAGGAAAUGACUGAGAAAUGUACAACGGAGGAACAGAGGAGACAGAACUGUACUUAGAGUCUGGUGGCAGACAGUUUGGUCUAUGACACCGUCAUACUUCUCUUGAUAUUUGAAGUAUUUUUUUCUUCUUUCUUUUUUUGUAAUGGAUGACACAAGCGUUGUCUUAUCAGCAAUACUGUUCAACAGGUAUUUUUGGACUGGAGAUAAAACAGAAGCACUGGCAGCUUUCUUUCUUUCUGUGUAUCAUCCUGAUUUUUCUUCCUGUCAGCUUCCCUCCCUCUCUCGUGCAUCAUGGGAGGUUAAACUCAGGAAUUCCUCAGAAUGUUCAGUAAUGUCCCUGUUAACAUGUACAUGCACUUUGCUUUACUGUCCUGUCCUUGAUAAUUACUUAGAUGAUUGAUUUAGUAAAUAAAAUUGGUCAUUUAGUAAUAUAAAUAAUUAUAAUAAUUCAUAUUUGACCAUUUUAAAUUGCAGCACCUCUGGCUCACUGAAGCAGUGGUCCACAAUUUUGAUAAAUAUGCUUAUUUCCUUUCUUUCUGAGGGUGAAAUGUUCUGAUGGUUGUCAAUCUUGCGUCUGUGUGUUAAGUACGAGGGUGAAACAGCUAGCAUGGCUCCAUCCAAAGUGAAAAAGUUAUACAGCACUUCUGGCUAUAGCAUGAGCUACCAGAUCCAUUGGUUUUAGUCUCAUACACGACAGUAUCUAUUGAUUUUUUUCAUGCCCACUUCCGUACGAUGAAAGCCUGACGCAGCGUCGUCUGUGCUGGGAUUAGCUAGUAGUCGCUGCCGUGAGUUAUGAGCAUUCCUAUGCUGUGACAAGUGUGUGGAUGAAUUUAACAUCAUUAAGUUGUUACAUUUUAUACUAAUUUAGCUGCUGGCUGGCUAGUUAGCUUGCUAGCUUGCUAUUUCCAUGCUUUCAUGCUACACUGGUGGCGCAUGCUGGCUCUAGCAUUCUCCACCGCUUAGACAAACGUCCACCAGCUCGCUGUCACUGGUCCGUCUCACGAGCUUCCCAAAGUCUUGAGGCGCUGGAAGUGCAGGGUGCCCUAGCUAGCUAAUUCUUGUCUCAUUUGUGUGGUCUGAUAAACAGUAACUUCAUCAACACGUCCGUCAACAGCGCAUCGAGGCUUUGGCUUUUGCAGUGGGUGUAGUUUCAUCUAAAGUUGGUUGGAAGAAAGGUAGACGCAACAUCAUUGUAACAAUAAAGCUGCACUCAUGUGUUGUCAGUAGAGUUGAAAGAGUAGGAAAAGUUCAGGCACGAUUCCUGGAUGUUUACCCCCACUGUUAGCCUUAAAUGCACAUCUUUAAUGAGCUUAAAGAUCCAGUGUGUAGAUUUGGGGACAUCUCGGGGAGAGGUUGCAGAUUGCAACUAACUGAAACCUCUCUCGUGUGCCAAGCGUGUUGGAGGACACCGGCGGCUGACACGGAAACUCAAAUGGCACUAUCUAGAGUGUUUGGUUAGUCCGUUCCGGACUACUGUAAAAAGACGGUGGCUGGGAGGACCCGCUCCGUAUGUAGGUAUAAACAGCUCAUUCUAAGCUAACAAAAACACUUUUCGUAUUGUUAGAUGAUUAUACACUAAACAUAACAUACCUAUUAAUAUUGUAUUCAAUUUCUGCCAAUAGAUCCCUCCUAAAUGAUACAUAUUGACGCUUUAAAUAAGCUUCUUUUGUUCCAUCUUUGUAGUGUAUUUAUAAGUUACCUAAGUUGAUUGUUUUUAUAGUGGCUGUAACUUCCAGCUUUGCAGCCAUUUUGCUUCCGGUCUGCUGACACUACUGUAGUUCUUUUCACCAAGAGGGAGACGUUGUGGAAGACGGGAUUUCCUGAUAUCUCUGGGAAGAAAUUGCAACUCGGAGGCCAUAAUCAUAAACUCAUGAUUAUGGUCUGAGCAGAAUGACGUGCACGUGGCACAAGACUUGAGAAAGCUGUCACCAGUCACUGCACUGUUGUUUGCCGACUAAAACCACAACAUUUCUGUUGGUGUACAUGUUGUAUAAAGGUAGCUAGGCUAACCACAUCCCAACUCCUCCUCUGUACUUCACACACAGACACAAGGUGAAUAUCCAUUUUCUCACUCAACUAAUCCUUUGAAUUAUUAAAUAUAUGGUACACCAUCAAACAGCUUACCUUUUAUCAUAUCACUUAACAAUUGAAGUGAUCUAGUAGUUAUUGAGGGACACAGGGCUUUAAAGUAAAAUGUUACCAAAGGUGUGUAUUUGUAAUAUUUUACAUUAGAUGAAAUGGUCAAAUGAACUCUCAUUAUGCAAAGUUUCUUUUGUCAAACUUCACUUGUACUCAGAUGGACAUUUCUACACAAUUCUCUCUCUGCCUUUUUUCAAAUGUGCGCUAAGAGACAGAACUACAUUACAAAGUUCAAGCACUGCCCGGCACCUCCAAGAGGUGACAGCUGGCAUCGAGUAUGAGCAAACGCAUUGUGGCGUCGGCACUUAGAGCCCGAGCCAGUCACUGGGUGUCCAAAUAGAUUAAAGGACCAUACCGGUGUCAGGUUUACAUUUCUGCUGACCGUUUUACAAAGCAUGCUGUAGUGUUUCUUAGUUCAUUUUAAUUCCACUCAAUGGACAUGCAGAAAAGUUGAAAACUGAUCGAGCUUAAUUAGUUUGUUCACCAAAGCAAACAAAAAUAUAGACAUUUGUCUGUCUGUGUAGUUGUAAUUAUAGCCAAGUAGUUUCCAACAAACUGAUACGAUAUUAUGUUAAAACUGAUCUCAGGUCAUUUUCCAGUCAUUAGGAUUUUAGCAGGCCCAUCAAGGAAAUCUCUUCGGGAAAUUAAAAACACAACUAUGUUACUAUUACAUAAUUUCUUGGUCCUUUCUUAAAGAAAUCAAAUAGAUGGGGAUUUGCCAUAGAUUGUAUGUAAAGAUGGACGACAUGACAACUGUGAAAAAGUGAAGCCAAAACAUCUGGAUCGCCUGGUGGCUCACUGCCGUACAGGUCAUAAACCCCGCCCCCCUCCUCGUUAGCAGAUGGGACAAAAAAAUCAAAGUACUUAAAAUUAAUUUUUCCCAAAGAUGGUUUCUGUUAUUCAGGUUAGUUCUCACCACGCUGAUAGAUGCUCCAGUGUUCAUUUUUCUGAUAAGUUUGGUUUUGAUGAGUUAUUUGAUGCUAUAAAAAGGGGGUAAGACGUCUUAAGUUGUACUUGGCUCUCUAUUGGCUCGAGUGGGUUUGUGGGCAGGACCCCGAUACCAUGUUGCAGUCCCCCCGAUCACUACUGUGUAGACUCUGGCUCCAAACCAUGUCAAAAUCUCAAGAUGGCAGCUUCCAUAUGUGGGAUAUUUUGGCUUCUUUUUUGGUACAGCGGGAAGAAACGUGUCGUCCAUCUUAAUAUACAGUCUACGGUAUUUUCCCAGGCACACUGUCUUAGAACAUUAUGUCAUAAUUCCUCCGGGGAAAUUCUUCGGAAAUUCUUUUUAUUUUCUAUCCAUUAUAAAAGAAUUACAGGACCGGCUAAAUGAAGUGUUAACUGAAAUCGUUCUCAAAGGUGGACUUGAAAAGUCUUCACAUUGGGAUACGAAAUAAAAGUGAAAAUCCAAAAUAAGAACACACAUAAUGUUCACUGUGAUGGAUUUCUUUUCUCAAGCGAGCUUCUAGUUGAUUUGUACAUUAUGUAUUAGUGUAGAAAAAUUUCAUGCUGUGGAAAAUGGAUGGUAGUCAUGUAAAGCACACACGGCCCAUGUGAAAUGGACUCCAGUUUAAACACACCGGUAUGGUCAUUUAAAGAACAGCUUACACAAAUCUUAAGUGCUCUUUUUCGUCCCGUUUAUUUAUUGUCUUAGCAGUAGUAAGAAUUUAGUGUUUGUACUUAUGGUAAUUAUGUAUUUAGCUGCACUGUUCUUGUAUUGUACAUAAGACAAAAUAUCCCCACUAAAAGUACUGUAUGACGCCUACAUUUUCAAAUUCACACAUGGUAUGUGAAUUUGUUUAAACACUAAGCAAAAUUAUCAAUCUCUACUUACAAACCAGUAUCUCUAAUAGUGUACGCCAUGGAGCUCCGAGCUCCGAACGAACACUCUGGCAUUGUAUUGAUUUAGGGACAUGCCAAAUUCAUUUGCUGUUUAAAAGUCGAUGGCGAGGCACGUGGCAGUGGUGAGUGCUGCUGCCCACCAACGCGCUGCUGCUGCUGCUGCUGCUGCUGCACUGUCAGCCUCACAGCGCUGCACGUCCGUGGUGUCGGAGCCCCGGAUGGGUUUGGGCUUCUUUUGUCCAAGAGGGGAAAUCACUUUUAGCACAGGAACGUCAAACUACAAAAGAAUCGCCAAUGUUUCAUUGUAUUUGUAUUUUUCGGAAAUUGGUUAAUAACCCAUUUUGUGAACUCCUAGUUUUGAAAAUAAGUGGAAAUAUAUUGAGUUCAUGUGGAUCGGUAUAUAAUGGCAGCUUGAUUUUGUUAGCCACGAUAUCCCUGCUAGCCAACCGUAAUCUCAUCAGAAUGUGUUAAAUGCUCCGAGUACUCUGAAGAACACUGCUCAGCUGACUUUCAUAGACUUUAAUUCCUCAAUGUGAACUUAUUAAUUAAUUUAUUUGGAAUCUUGUUUGGGGGGUUCGGGGGUCGGGUGUGGAGGAAGUUGCAUAGAUGUUAGAUGUAGGUUGCUACCCUUUCUUAGAGUUGAUUUGUUAAUGGUUGUAUUUUCUUUGUUGUUGCCAAUUUUCAUAUGAAAAUAAGUCUUCAUUUACAAGUCACACAUGUACUUACUUCAGUUUAUUUAAACUUAAAGAGGUGUGAGUAUGUUUACAAUUGUUGUGUAUUACCUUUUUGUUUUUGUAAAAAGUAAUUGAGACCUGAGAAUUAAAUUAAACAGCUAAAAAAGUUUUUUGUUUAAUUUUUAUUUAUAUAAGUAUUGAUUCAUUUGUGAAAAAAAUAAGCAUCUGACAAGUGCAGCUACAAUUUCUUGCCUUAGAGGUUCCAGAGGCCAAACUAUCUCAUGAGGGAACAAUGGAUUUUAUUCAAUGGAAACUGCACUGCAGCUUGAAGUUGCCACAGUUGUGAUAAAACGUGGACGUGGCCCCUUCUGUCCCCUUUAUUUGACACUUUUUCUCUCACUGUUCAUAAAGCGGUCCAGUCUAAAGACAUGCAGGUUGGGCUGAUGAGCGUGGACGGUUGUCUGUCUCUGUGUGUCUGUGUCCUGUAUCUGAACGGAGACAUGUCCAGGGUGUAGCCUGCUGACCCUAAUGGAUGGAUGGAUGGAUGGAUGGAUGGAUGGAUGUUCAAUAAGCUCCCCUUUGAGAUCAGCCACGUACACCCCCACCCCUCUGGAAAUAUGGAGAUCCCAGACAGUUCAAUGUCAAUAAAUAACUGAAAUAAAUAAUCCUAUCAAUAAAUACAGACAGAAUAUGUAAUAUAACUAUGACAUUAUUAUAUAAUGCAUUGCGUGACAAAUACAUUUUUAAAAGUUAAACUGCUGGAAUUUUUUUUUAAAUGCAGAAAGAGACAACAUUCUGUAAUAAUCAGCUAAGUUUAAAAAAACUUCCAGUUGUUUGGAUUAUUUCACAAUUUCAUUGCUACAUUAUACAUUUGCGUGUAUUUAUUCAUAUGCAUAUUCCUUGUUUAUUUAUUUAAUAUUGACCACUGUGGGUCUCCACAUGCUCUUGUAGGUGUCAUGAAGGAAUAAACCAUAAUAGAGGACCAACUGUUUUAAAGAUUAAAAUGUACUUAAGCAGCUCAUUGAAGGCUGCAUUUCAGAGAUGUGAACAAUCUAAUGUUUCAAGCUGAGGAGGUGGAACAAUAUUCCUUAAUGUAGGGAACAGGAUCAAUUCUGAAGAGUAGCCACUUGUAGUUAUUAUAAAGAAAAAGUCAGGAGUUUGAGGAAAAGAUGUCAGAACAGAAGUCUGACAUUAAUGUUGAAACAAUGACUUAUUAAUAAAUGAAUCUCAGAACUCAUUGGCCAUAAUAAGAGCAAAAUAUAUGGUGAUGAUAGAAUCUAAAGGAACAUACCAAUGGUUCCUUUUUCUCCUGUUUGACUAUAAAAUCCAUUUACUUCCUAUUACUGCCAGCCAUAAAGCACACUUUAAUCUCUGAAUUAUGCUCUGUGUGGUUUGGUGCAAACAUGACCUCGUUUGGACUUGAAA